UUACAAUGUUCAUGGCGGGUACUUGAAGAAUGCAGCAUCGAAACGCCAUUUUAUGUGUUUGGCUCUGAUCAUUGACGACGGUGGUGCGUGUGGUGCUGCGGCGGAGUGUCAAAAGAACUGAGCCCCUGUGUCUCGUUCUCUUUCUCUCUCUCUUGUUAUUUUUUUGGUUAUUGCAUUAAAUAAGGAGAAGAAAGAAAAAAAAAAUGCUGCCAAAAUACUUAACGCCCGACAUGUGCAAGUAACAACAACAACAACAACAUCAAAACAACGGGUGUGGGCUUUACUCAAAUGUGUGCAAUUGUGCCGCGAAUUUUCUUCAUUUACAUCGAAAAAAAUGGUGUAGUGAAAAUUUUCAGUGAACCAGUGAGAGAGUUUUAAAGUGCGUGGUGGGUGGGUGUGUGUGAUAUUUUUUUUUCUCCCCCCAUCAUUCAGUGGUGUAAUAUAAUCCAAUAAAAAAAAAAAGGGGCACAAGUUUAUAUACACACAACAUAUAUAUACAUAUAUAUAUAUAUAUAUAUAUUCCUAUCUAAAAAAAAUUUUGCGCUUUAAAUUCUCGUCUGUCAAACGAGAGAAGCGUUUUUUUUGAUUUUUUUUUUUUUUUUAUUCAAAGAAAAUUUUCCCUCGACAAUUUUUUCAAGAAAUUCCAAAGGACCCACCUAUUUUAUUAGCACCUGCCAGCAUAUAAGGCCUCUGGAUUCAACACCACCUCACCUCCCCCGCGUCUACAAUGAGUUCGCGAAAUAUCCCUUCAGACAAGCUGAAUCUACGCCUCAUUCUUGUCAGCGGGAAAACAAAAGAGUUCCUAUUUAGUCCAAGCGAUUCUGCAGGGGACAUAGCGCAACAUGUGUUUGAAAACUGGCCGGAAGAUUGGGCGGAAGAGGCGGUUGCCAAAGCAGAAAUUUUGCGGCUAAUAUACCAGGGGCGUUUUUUGCACAGUAAUGUCACGCUUGGUGCACUUGGGCUUCCUUUUGGAAAAACAUCAGUGAUGCAUCUUGUACCACGAGAAAAUUUACCCGAACCUAAUUCUCAAGAUCAGAGACAAAAAAGUAAAGGUGGAGGAAGUAGUUGCUGCUCAGCUUCCUGUUGCAUACUUUAAACGUUGGCUGCCCUUUUUUUUCUUUUAUUUUUUAUCUCACUCUCUCUCUAUCUUUCUUGUCUCUCAUUUGUCCGAGGCGCAUUUCUCCGCAAAUCGGCUCUCUGCACAACAAAAGGAUCUGAGCCAAUCACAUUUAUAGAAAAAAAAAAAAAAAAAAAAAAAAUGAUUUUCUGCUGGAAGAGAAAUCGCAAGUGGCUUUUGAGCACCGCGGACAGGACAUAUUAUUAUUAUAAUUAUAAUUGUCAACUUGUGACGAGCGAUCCCACAGUCCAAAGAUCAAAAAAGUGGGACGCCAAAUUUUUAGAAUCAAAAAGAAGAAGAAAAAAAGAAUAACAAGAGAACUCGCCGCAACAUCACCCAUUUGCAAUCGUCAAAAAAAAAAAAAAAUUAAAAAAAAAAAAUUUUUUUAAAAUGUGUAUUAAUCUGUUAUUCUUGGUUUUCAACUUAAAUCCUCGACUUUCAGGAAAUACUCAAAAAUCCUCAUCCACAGGAUUUGCGCAUCGAAAAAAAAGAAACAUGGAAAAUUCGCUCUCUGUUUGUUAAUUAGUGAUGGAAUAUCGAUUAUGCUCUCUGAAAAAAAACUAUCGAAAUUUCAAUUGUCGAUUUUCAUGUUGAAAUAUCGAUUUUAAAUAAAAUAUCGAUAUGUCAAUUUGAAAACAAAAAAAAAAAAAACAACAAAAAUUGGCGGUAAAAACCGUUAUAAUAUUAAAUUCCAAUAAAUCGAUAUUAUUUGAUAAUAUUGAUUUUAAAACAAACAUUUUUUAAAUAUCGAUACAAAUGCUUAUAUCGAAGCAUAUAAAAUAUAAAACGAUAUUUUAAUUAUAUCGAUUCAAAAUUAUCGAUAUAUCGAUUUGAUUUAGGAAUAUUAGAAUAUUUCGAAUUAAAAUUAUCAAUAUAUCGAUUCGAAAAUAUCGAUAUAUUGAAUUAAAAUAUUUCGAUUUGAAAAUAUCGAUUUUAAUAAUAGUGAAUAUUUCGAUUCAAUAAUAUCGACUCGUAAUUAUCGAUAAAUAUGUCAAUUCAUAAUUAUCGAUAUAUCGAUUUAGAAUAUAUCGAUUUAAAACUAUCGAUAUAUUGAUUCAGAAUAUUUCGAUUCAAUAAUAUCGUUUCGAAAUUAUCGAGAUCAAUGAUUCAGAAUAUUUCGAUUUAACUAUAUCGAUUUGAAAUUAUCGAUAUGUUGAUUUAGAUUAUAUCGAUGCGUAAUUAUCGAUGACUAUGUCGAUUCGAAAUUAUCGAUAUAUUAUUUUAGAAUAUAUCGUUAUUUCGAUUGCAGAUUAUUUCGAUUCGUAAUUAUCGAUGUAUUGAUUCAGAAUAUAUCGAAUCGAAAAUGUCGAUUCGAAAUUAUCGAUAUAUUAUUUUAGAAUAUAUCGAUAUAUCGAUUGGAGAAUAUUGCGAUUCGUAAUUAUCGAUAUAUCGAUUUAAAAUAUAUUGAUUCGAAAUUAUCGAUAUAUUGUUGUAGAUUGAAAAAAUAUUUUUAAAAAAUGAAUUUUUUUUUUUGAGGACAUUCUGUCACUAAUUAAGACAAAAAAAAAAAUGUUACGCAAAACCGAUUAUUGUAAACAAUUGCGACAGCAGCGUUAUUAUUAUGAUUAUAAUUAUUAUUAUAAUUAUUAUUAUAAUUAUUAUUAUUAUUAUUAUUAUAUAAUUAUGUAGGUGGAAAAUACGCGAGAGUGCCUGUGUGCGAGUGUUGUAUGUCAAGAGUAUAAAUGUUUGCGCGUGCGCCCGAAUUUAAGAGUCUGAAACUAUAAGUUUAUGUUGUGAUAUGCAGGUAGCGAGUAUAUAAAUAUAAAUAUAUAUAAAUAUAUAUAUUAUAUACAUACUAUUAUUAAAAUUAUAUAAAUUUUUAAUAUAUAUAUAUUUAUAUAUAAAUAUUGAUAUAUAAAACAUAUUAUAUAAAAUAUAGAAAUAUUUAUAUAUAAAUAUAUAUAUAUUUGAAAAAAAAAAAAAAUGAAAAUUGUAUGAGAUACGUUGACGUGCAGUUAAGCUCUUAUAACGCGAAUGAAAAAAUAGACUUUUAUUAUAUAUAUAUUAAAUAUAUAUAUAUAUCGAUUUGUGAAAUGACGCCAAUUUUUGAGAGUUGUUUAGAUUUUUCUCGGUCAAUGAUAAUGAUAAUGAUGAUGAUAAUGAUGAUAAUGAUGAUAAUGAUGAAAAGCGUAUAAACAUUCAAGAGUCUGAUCGUAUAGAUAGAAAAGAAAACAAAGAUGACCGAUAUAUUUCACGUUAUUCCCUAUUUCCUUAAGAAAAAAAGAAAAUUCCUUUUCAUUCUCCUUUUUUCAAAAUUGGACCUAAGAAAAGAAAAAAAAAAAUUCUCAACUCUCAAAUUAGUGCGAAAUUUGUAAUUUUAAAUAUUUUUUUUUAAAAAAAGGUAAAUUUUUAAAUUAACAAAAUUUGCAAAUAGAAAAAAAAUAAAAUUUAAUCUGAAUAUAAAUAUUUAUUAUCUUGUUAUAUGUAUCGAUUAAAAAAAAAAAUAAAUAAAUAAGUUGAUAUAAAUAAUGUAGAAAAUAUAUUGAUAUUAAAUUUACUUUAAUAUUAAUAUAUUUUUAAUAUUAUUUUUUUGUAACAAGAUGAUUUUUUUGUUUACAAAAAAUUAAUAGAAAUAAUAUUUUUACUUUAAUAAUUAUGGUAAUUUUUUUUUUUCGUAAUUUUGAAACACUUGGCCGAUUCUUUUUAAUUUUUGUUUUUCAAUUCAGAUAAAUAAUUUUAUCACGAUUUUUUAAUUUUUAAUCUGACUAUUCGAUAUUAUUGUAUCGAUUUGAAAUAAUAAAUUUUUGUAUAAAUCAAUAUGUCGAUUAUAUAAGAUCGAUAAAAAUUUUUUUUUUUAUCAUUCGAUAUUAAUUUUUUUUUUCUUUUUGAAAUAAAAUUAAUUUUUUUUUCCACGAAAAUUGAAAAAUUUUUAGAGAAAUUUUUUUAAAAAACAAAUUGUUUUCACAAAUUUUAGUAUAUUAUUAUUAUUAUUAUUUUUAUUAUAAAUAAUAAUUUAAAUUGAUUUAUUUUAUAAUAAAUAAUCGUCAAUUAUUUUUAAUAAUUAAUUAAUUAAUUUCUCUAAUUUUUUUAGAGAAUACAUUAAAAAAAAAAAAAUUUUUUUUUUCAAAUUUCGCACAAUUGAGCGCCUUGGCUUUAAAAAUUAGGUCCAAAAAAAAAAGAAAGAAAAAUCAUUACAAUGCGUUGUAGCUUAAAAUACUAUACUCUCCUACGCUAAUUGUAUUACAAAUCUUACCAGUGAUUAAGAAAUGUGUAUAUAUAUAUAUAUCUCGUACUUGUGUAGUCGUAUUUGAUCGAAAAAUUAAAAAAAAAAAAAAAAAUACUGUUUUUAAAAAAAGCAAACAAUUUUUUUACAUUUGACAAAAUAUUAUUUUAAAAAUUCUCAAAAUAUUGACUCUUCUUUAGUUUCGUCGUCAAGUUUGAUACACAAUUUUUUUUUUCGUAAAAAAUUAAAAAAAUUAUUUCAACAAAUCAAACGACUCAAAAAUUAUAAAUUUUUUUUAUUAAUAUUAAAUUAUUCCGAUAUCAGAAAAAUAUUAACGAAAAUUUCUGAAUUUUUUUUUUAUCGAAUUUUUGUAAAUCAAUUAUUAUCAAUCAUUAUCGAUAACAUCGAAUAUUAUCAAAGUAUGUUAAUAUCGAUUAUUAUCCAUAUUAUUGAUUUAUAUAUCGAUAAUAUCGAUUUUUACGCGAUAAAAUUUGAUUUUGAAACGAUAAUAAAAAAAAAUAUAUAUAUAUAUAUAUAUAUCGAUUGUUGUAUUAUAAUAUUAUAGAGGCAAAAAUUAAUUUGGAAAUUAAACAAAAUUUCUCCUUUUUAAAUUAAAGAAAACUUUUUUUUUCUCAAUGAAAUUAAAUUUUUAUUUUCUUUCAUCGAUCUCUAGAAAAAUUAGAUUUACAAUAAUAUUUUUCAAAAAUAGAAGAAAAAUUUCAUUGUUUAUGAAAGGAAAAAAAAAAUUUAUAGUCGAUAUAUUAAAUUACAAAAUUCAUUUCAAUUCUUGAAAUACAGUCUUUUAUUCUUACACCUAAAAUAAAGACUAUUUAAAAAAAUGGAAAUUAAACGUUUUAUAAUAGUAAAUUAAAUAUAUAAAUAUUAAAAAAAAAGAAUCAAUAAAUAAAGAACAUAAAGUGUCGUUAAGCGCUCUUGUUAAUGGAUUUAAAGAUAAUUACAACAGUUUUAUCGAGGCUUUAUUCGAUUUUCACGAUAAAUUAAAAACAAAAAGAGACAAACCUCGUCAAAACGAGUUUAGCGAUAUUUCAAAAGGAAAAAAAAACCUUCCCCUCCGAAUAAAAAUGAUUCCAAUUUUUUAUGAAAAUGAAAAAAUACAAAUUUUCAAAAGCUGUAAAUAGCCGAGUUUUUACGUUCUUCAAAAAAAAAAAAGAGAAUUAAAUGAAAUAAAAAUAAAUUUUCCUUUCUUGUUCAAUAAAUCGUUUUUAUUCGGAUUUAUUAUUUCGGGAUAGGUUUUUUUUUUUUUUUGAAAUUCACAAAACUUUAUAACACAGUUAUAAAAAAAAGUCCAACGACCGUAGAAGAAACGCUUGUAAUUUUAAAUACAAAAAAAAAUAAAUUAGAAAUCGAGUUAAGUUUUACUCUCAAAGACUUUUUAUCGUCGAAAGGCGCAAAAAAAAAAAUUAUUGUAAAAAGUACUUGCGUUUCAAUAGCUGAACGUCUUAUUCGAAAAAAAAAAAUUAUUAAAAGAGAGAGAAAAGUUACAUAUUUAAAAAAAAAAUGAGACUUUUAUAAAAAUUAAUCGAUUGUUUUUGCGAUUUUUUGAAGGAAAAAAUAAUUAAAAACCAAUUUAAUUAUAAAAAUUAUAUUAUGAAUAAAUAAAUGGUUUUUAAUUCUUCAAAAUUGCUUUACAAUCGAAAAUAAAGUUUCUUUUUUUUGAGCGCUUUGUGACCAAAAUUCGCUUGUACAUGAUGUUAAUAUUGUCUUCUGUAAAUUCAAUUUUUUUAUUUUUUAAAUUUUUUCUUUUACUGCAAAUAGUCGAGGGAUCGACUUAAAAAAAAAAUAAAUAAAUAAAAAAUAAAAUAAAAUAAGAAGGAAAUGAAUGUAGAUUGACCGUCCUUAUAAAUACGAGACAAGUUUGUUAAAAGAAAUUGAGAAAGAAUAUUUGAAAGAGCAUAAAAAACAAAAAUUGUACGAAAUUGCUUGCCUUAGAAAAUCGAUUGUGAAAUUUUAAUUUUAAAAAAAGUGAAAAUUUCCAAUUUUUUAGAAAUGGAAAAAAAUUUAUCAUUUCUUUUUUAAUAACUUUUUUUGAAUAAUUUAGAAAAAAAAAUUUUAAUUUUUUUGAAAUUAGAACUGCAAAUGCUCUCUUUCUUUUUCUCUCUCUCUCUCUCUCAUUUACAUUUUUCGACGAAUCCCUCGAAAUUUAAUCGCUGGAGGAUCAUUCUAUUUUUUUAUUUAGAAAAAAAAAGAAAAAUUGCAUCGACAAGUAUAUAAACGAAAAAUUCCUCAGUUUUGUUUCUUCAUUUUUUUUUUUUUUUUUUUUUUUUUUUUGGGGGGGCCUCUGUGUGUUUUUUCAUCAAAGGAAAGUGGGCCCAUAGCAAAUAUCCUAAUAUCGCAAUAUGUGUAGCGAAAUAAUCCUAAAUGUAUCAUGGAAUUAAAGCUAAUUAACUGUUCGAAGCGUAAGGGUAACAAAAAAGAAAAAAAAAUAAUAAUAAACUUGUCCAUGACGAUGACUAGAGUAUUAAAAAAAAAAAAAAAAAAAAGAGUUACACGGUUUAUCCGUGAUUUCAAGACUUCCAAUAAAAAAUUUUCAACCUCUUUUUUUCUCUCUAUUCAAUUUUUUUUUAACAAAAAAUAUUUAAAUUGUCCACGAGAAAAAAAAAAUUUUUUUUUCUUAAGAGGUGUCGUGAUUUUUAAUUGGAAGUCAAAAAAAAAAUGGAAUUAUUCCUUUUAGACAAUUGUGUAUAGGUAAACGAAUUAUGAAUUAUAUCUGAGGUAUUUUGACAAAAAAAAAAAAAAAAAUUUCUUUCCCAUGGGAAGCGAAUCUUAAAUAGAAAAAAAAAUCACUCUCGCGGCUCAUCAACAUUUUUUUCAUUUGUAAUUUCUUUUUUUCUUUGAAAUCUCAAAGACCCCUCAGGAUCAGGAGGCGUCGUUCUCUAUUUUAUCGCUACUAGAUCCUAGGCACUAUUAUAUAAUUCAUCUGUAAAUAGAAACAGUAUUGAUAUAUAUUUCAGACUAGUAAAUGUUCUAGAUUUAUCGGAGAAAGCCGUUAAUUGAAUGAUUAAAAAAAAAAAAAUAAAAAUAAAAAUGUUUAAUUAAAACAACAGGCAAAAAAAAAAAAAAGAAUGAAGUUUGUUAUUUUUCAAGAUAAGUGAGAAAGGUCAAACUCCAAAGCAAGAGGAAACGAAACGAACGAGAAAAAGAAAUUCCCUCAUACCCCCAAUCUCUCCUUUCCCUUUAAACAAUCGAGCAAAUCUGGAGAACAUAUUUUUUUGCAGGACAAAUUUUGUACGUUCUCUCGUUAGACUCACAAACAGUAUAUAAAUAAUUGUAAUUUUAAAGAAAGUUAAAAAAAAAAAAAUAACUUUAAUGUGAAUAUUGAAAAAAAAUCCUCUCUCUCUUUCUCUCUCUUUCUGGUAGAUAGUAUCCGACUACUACAUUCCUUAAUAUUAUCUUGCUCGUACGCUUCCUCGUGCAGAUUUUUGAGUGGUCUAUACUCAGUUUUGCAAAUUUAUUAUAAUAAUUAUUAAGCUUACGUUACGCACCUCAUUUGUAAAUAUUAGAUCGUAUUUUUGUCUUCGAUGUAAAAUCAACGAGGAUCUUAACUGCAACUAAUGGCUUAGUUUUUAGUGUAAGAAUACAAAAAAAAAAUAAUAAUAAUAAUAAAGUUACAAAGCGUAAAGGGAAGAAA